CCUUAGUUGGGCAUAGAAUUGAAGGAAAAAAGUAAAGGAACAAAAAAUAAAUUUAGUGUCAUAAAAAAAUGGAUUUGAAUUUGAAGCCAAUGGAUCCUACAAACUUCUUUAAGGGAGAGGGUGGAUCCUUCCACAAAUGGUUCCCUUCUGAUUUUCCGAUCAUUGCUCAGACCAAAGUCGGCGCCGGCAGACUCCUUCUCCAUCCACGUGGCUUCGCCGUUCCUCAUAACUCUGAUUCCUCUAAAGUUGGCUAUGUUCUUCAAGGUAGUGGAGUGGCUGGGAUUCUAUUUCCCUGCAAAUCUGAGGAAGCAGUGGUGAGACUAAAGAAAGGAGACCUAAUUCCGGUGCCGGAGGGAGUCACCUCUUGGUGGUUCAACGACGGAGACUCCGAUUUCGAAGUCCUCCUCGUUGGCGACACCCGAAACGCCCUCAUUCCCGGUGACAUCACCUAUGUUGUCUUUGCUGGACCGCUCGGAAUCCUACAAGGCUUCUCGUCGGACUACAUCCAAAAAGUCUACGAUCUAAACGAAGAAGAAAGAGACAUACUUCUCAAAAGCCAAACCAACGGCCUAAUAUUCAAGCUCCAAGAUGACCAAACCCUACCAGAGCCCAACCGCCACAGUCAUCUUGUUUUCAACAUAUACCACGCCCUUCCCGAUGCCGUAGUCAAGGGCGGCGGGUCGGUGACGGUCGUAACGGAUGAGAAAUUUCCAUUCAUCGGGAAAUCUGGGUUGACGGCAGUUCUUGAGAAGCUUGAGGCCAAUGCCGUGCGGUCGCCGGUGUAUGUUGCCGACCCGUCGGUGCAGCUGAUAUAUAUCGCGAGUGGGUCGGGUCGGGUUCAGAUUGUUGAGACGUUUUUGCGUAAGAAUAUUGAUGCGGAGGUGAAAGCGGGGCAGUUGGUUUUGGUUCCAAAGUACUUUGCCGUCGGGAAGGUGGCCGGAGAAGAAGGCUUGGAGUGCUUCACUAUUAUCACUACCACACACCCUCUAUUGGAAGAGUUGGGAGGAGAUACAUCAAUUUUUGGGACAUUUUCUCCACAAGUUUUUCAAGCUUCAUUCAAUGUCACAGCUCGGUUUGAGAAGCUUCUCAGAUCAAAGAUAACAAAAACUUCAUCCUUGGUUCCUCCUUCAGUUUGAUCUAAUUAUUAUGCUUAAUUCCCAUCAUAUUGUUCCAUCGACAUGUCGUUUUGGACUUUAUAUUAGUCAUUUGUCUGUGUUUUUUAAUCCAUAUGCCAAACCUGUCUUUUCUUCAAUAAGAGCAUGUGACCUACUUUAUCUCUAGCUA